UGGGGAUGGUGGACCGUAGUUAAUUUUUCACAAUUCAGGACACAUAAGGUUUAGACACUGUGAAGGAGUUUUGGGAGGAGAGGAGGGCUGAGGCAAUAAAUCGGCUAAAAGACAGAGAUGUGGUAAUAGUAGCGGAUGGAAGAAUGGACAGUCUUGGACAUUGCGCCCAGUACUGUACAUACACUGCCAUGGAGAACGAAUCCAGGGAAAUCAUCUCUGUCAUCAAUGUGGACAAAAGGGAGACUGGGCGAAAUUCUGUGAUCAUGGAGAGAGAGGCAUUUGUGUAGACAGUCGACACUCUUUUGAAUGAAGUGAAACUAGUAGAGGUCUGCACUGAUGCCCAUGUCCAGAUCUCCACACUAAUGAGUAAGUUGCCACUGAAAUUUUGCGUUACUUGUAGAAUUACAACAACUUUUUUUGGAGGGGUGGGGGGACCAUUACUGUACUAAUUAUACAUAUUAUUUUUUCAAAUAAGACAAAGGAAAGUACAAAGACCUUGGGCUGCAGCACAGCUUGGAUAUGUGGCAUGGGGCCAAGAAUUUGGCAAAAAGGAUCCAUGCUGCUUCACAGGUCAAGGGUCAGUCCAGUUUGAGCAGUUGGCUAAAAGACAUUGUCAACCACUUUUGGUGGUGCUGCAAAACAGCAGAUUCUUACCAAGAGUUCCUUGAGCUGUGGCUUGGUCUCCUACAUCAUGUGACAAAUGAACACAGGUGGGUGCUGGAAAGCUGCCAGCAUGCAGACUUAGAAUCUGGUGGAACUCAACAGUGGCUUGAGCGAGGCUCCAUGGCACAUGAGGCCCUGAUGAGCAUCGUUAGAAACAAGCGGUGGCUUAAUGAGGUCCACAAAUAUCUCAAUUUUGGGUCCUCUGCUGAUCUGGAGUCCUUCCAGAACCAUAUUUUAAUGUACGCUAGCAAGCGCACAGCAUUUAGCCCUCCUGUCUUUGAGGCCAGGAUUCUCCUUGCAGCGAUGGACUAUAAUUACCACAAGGACCGCCCAGAGUUGUGUAAAUCUGAUGAAAGCAAACAGUACAGGAGGCUGUACAAGAAGAAUGCUCGCAGGUAUAUGCUAUACACUCAGAAGACAUCCAAGACGUAUGGCUACAUCCCAGAACUGCAAGCUAUGAUCCUUCAAAAGAGAUUAGCUGGUAAGGGAAUGCACAGACGGAGGACACUACGACCUGAUGACCCCAGAAGGUACGGCCCACUUCCCCCUGUGCCGGCACCAACCAUUGAGGAACUCCUGCACACCCAAGUCAGGAGAGGCCUUGUGUCAACAUUCCAGACUAAAGACCCGUGA